AAAUAUAUCAGGGUACGGUAGCCGGGAGUUUCUAAUUUUGCGCACUUUACUCACCAGCAACUCAUUUUUUCGAGGAUUUUCGCCUAUCUUCUAUUCGCAAAAUGAUUUGGGAGAUCCCGAUUAUCGGCGAUUUCAUCACCAAACCGUUCAAAGCGGCGAAGCUCUACGAAUUUUACGAUCGACUUCACCUUUUCACAGUUUAUCUUCUCGGAUUCUUUGUUCUACUCACUGGUGCUAAACAACAUUUCGGAAAUCCAAUCGAUUGCAUGCUCCCGAAGCAACAUGAUGAUCUGAAAUCGUGGCGCGACUACAUUCACAAUUUCUGUCUUUUCUAUGGAACUUUCCGAUACGACGUGAGCAAUGGAACGUCUGAAUUUGGAAGUUACACUGAAGAUGCAUCUGUCAACUAUUAUCAAUGGGUUCCUUUCUUCUUUGCAUUUCAAGUAUGCUGCUUUCUUCUUCCUUUCUGGUGCUGGGCAUACAUGCAAAAGCUUAUUUACAUUGACAUGGCUUUCAUUGUGGAUUACUCUGGAAAAAUCAACAGCGAGAAAACGUUUGAAAAGACGAAGGAAAAAGUGGAUCGAAUUGUGAAUUAUAUGCAUGAUCACUUCAAGUUCCGUCGUGCCCACAAAAUGGGAUAUCUAUCGUGGAUCACAUUUAACUCAGCUUUUCCCAGUGUCUUGUACAGUCUCACAAAGUUAUUUUUCAUAACUAAUGUGAUUAUUCAAGUGAACUUGGUUUGCAAAUUCUUGGACGUUGAUUCGUGGACUUGGGGUUUUGAUCUUCUCGGCAAAUUCAUUCACCCAACUCCACGUGCUCCCGAGUUCUCCUCGUUUUCCGACAAACAAAGAUUCGCGGCAAUUCUCACAGACGGCAGUUACAAUCGUUUCCAGUACUUCCCAAUUCUUGUGGGAUGUGAAUAUCAGUUGCAAGAAUCAGUUAGCAACUUUGUGAAUCAUAAAGCUCAAUGCAUUAUUCCGAUGAAUGUGAUUAACGAGAAAAUUUUCAUUGGGCUUUACUUUUGGCUUCUUGUGCUCACCGCGCUCUCGGUAAUUGGAACUGUUAAGUGGAUUCUUCGUAUCAAAAGUAAGAAGCUCAACGAGGUGAUGAUCUACAAAUUGAUCAAAAAAUCAUUGGAACGAGAGCCAUUCGACAGUAAUAUUCAUGAUCACCGCUACAACUUUGUUCACAAGUACCUGUGUGCCGACGGAAUUCUUUUAAUUUAUUUCAUGAUGGAUACGAAUGGAUUUUUGAAAACUGAAGAAGUCAUCGGUGCUCUUUUCAAGAAAUAUUGCUCAGACGCUGGCCUUGAACCGUUGCAGACCGCUCCAACUCUCACUUCAAGUCCAAGAGAUUUGGCUUAUUCAGAAACCAAUUACGGAUUCGCUGCACCGCAGAAGAUUUAAGUCUUUUCAACAGUACACCAUAAUUUCACAAAGUAUUCUGUCUAACAUGUUUAUCUAUUGUUUGCUCCCUCUUCUUUCUCAGGUAAAGUUAUUAUUAUAACUGUUUUAUUCAUUCAUUUUAUUAUUAUCAUAUACAAAAAAUGAACCUGCAACCUGAUUUUG